GUACAGCUGGAAAUCGGCUCUUUUUGACAACCAAGAACGAAAAUCAGAAGAUCUGCAAACAUAACCUUUGGGCCCUUUGGCAUGGAAAUUUUCUGGCACGUACACCAUACACUUACAUUUUAAGUGCUCAUUUUUUCCGACUUUUCGUUUCAGUAAGCCUGCAUUUGUUUGCCUGACGCUUUCAAAAUGACAUCUUUAAAUGUUUUGUCCGCAAACCGCUUAAAUUCGAUGAAGCUUUUUGGCAAAACUCUUGGAUUGAGGGUCAGUCCUUGUAUCGUCUUUGCAUCUCAUGGCCCAAAAAGAGCCAGUGUUCCAGCUAGAUUUUCUUCGACCUCUGAAUCGAGCAAAAAAUAUGACGUGGUGGUUGUUGGAGGCGGCAUCGUGGGAAUGGCAACAGCAAGGGAACUUAAAAUGAGACACCCUAGUUUGACCUUUGCUGUCCUUGAAAAGGAGAAAGUUCUAGCUGCUCAUCAGAGUGGUCACAACAGUGGUGUCAUUCAUGCAGGCAUCUACUACACUCCAGGGACACUGAAAGCAAAACUCUGCGUUGAAGGCUUUUUGAUGUCGUACAAAUACUUUGAUGAGAAAAAUAUACCUUACAAAAGGUGUGGCAAACUUAUUGUGGCCACAAAUAGCGAUGAAGUAAAAAAGUUGGAUGAAAUAAUGAGGAAGGGAGUUGAAAACAAAGUACCUGGUUUAGAGAUGGUUGACGGUGAAAAAAUAAGAGAAAUUGAGCCAUAUUGUAAGGGAAUAAGAGCAGUUUGGUCACCAAACACAGGAAUUGUAGAUUGGGGUUUGGUGACACAAUACUAUGCCAAAGACUUUGAAGCUCUGGGUGGUCAAAUUUUCAAAAAUUUCCCUGUUUCUGGUUUUGAAGAGAUUGCGGAAAGCAAUAAGCAAGGAAGUGACAAUAAACACUGCAUCAGAGUGACCGGGGCCCCUGGUCAGGAAGUCCGAGCGCAAUUUGUGGUUACUUGUGGUGGAUUGCAGUCUGAUCGACUGGCUCAAAUGUCUGGUUGCUCCAGUGAGCCAAAAAUUGUGCCAUUCCGAGGAGAGUAUCUUCUCCUUAGUCCAGAGAAGAGCCACAUGGUCAAAGGAAAUAUUUAUCCAGUUCCUGAUCCACGUUUCCCUUUUCUCGGUGUUCACUUUACGCCAAGGAUGGACGGCAGUAUCUGGCUUGGCCCCAAUGCAAUUCUUGCCUUCAAAAGAGAAGGAUAUGGAUAUGGAGAUAUUAAUUUGACCGAUUUGUUGGACGCUGUUAAAUUUAAAGGAUUCAGAAAGCUUGCGUUAAAGUAUGCUGGCUUUGGCGCUUCUGAAAUGAUCAAGUCCAUCUGGAUCACAAAACAGCUCAAAGAGCUGCAAAAGUUCAUUCCAGACAUCAAUGCUGCUGAUAUUCGAAGGGGUCCAAGUGGAGUUCGUGCUCAAGCCAUGGAUUCAAAUGGAAAUCUUGUCGAAGACUUUGUGUUUGAUUCAGGAAAAGGUCCCCUGAGCAAGAGGAUCUUGCAUUGCAGAAAUGCUCCUUCCCCAGGGGCAACCUCUUCUCUAGCAAUAGCCAAAGUUAUUGCUGAUAAAAUGGAAAAGCAGUUCAGCUUGUGAACCCUUUCCUUAGUUGCCGCAAGAGGUAUGCACAAUAAAUCGUGAUUAAAAUUUGAAAUACUGUGUUACAAAAAAGGAAAAAGGAUGUUCGCAGAAAUUAAUGUUGUUAUUUUAAUCUAUAUUAUAUAUUUUAUGAAGCAGCUGUAUACAUUUUUAUAAAUAUAAUUAAUUGGCUUUUCUGACCUCUCUUAAAGAAAUUUUAGUUUUUUCAGCAAUAUAAUUUUAGAUUUCAAUUUUCAUUUUAGCCUAAACAAGAAAAGUUCAUAUUAUGCAUGCAUAGCAUUGUAAUUAUUAAGGUAUUUCAAUGGAAAAUCACAUGAAAAUCUAUAAUAUGAAUAUGAAUGUCAGAUGAAAAAUGAAUUAGAAAAUUUGUCUCCUUUUAAUUAAAUACCACCCUUCUGGAAAA